AUGUUUCUGUGUACAAUAACGGCAGUUGUGUAUGCACCGGAAGCUAAGAUGACUCAGCCAAUUAGAACAGAGAAGUACGUGGAACUCAGCUGUGAUUGGCCCUUGCCAGGGCUGGGUUCGUUUCUGGCCUACAAUAUCAUCCUGGUGUUCCUCUGCUCUAUCUUUGCCUUUAAGACCCGCAGGUUGCCCGAUAACUUCAACGAGUCCAAGUUGAUAACCCUCUGCGUGUACACUACACUGGUCAUCUGGGCCGCUUUUAUCCCUAGUUAUUUCACGGCUUCCAGCCAGACGGUGAAAACGCUUCUUUUGGCCUUAUCUCUUCUGGCGAACCACACAGUUGUGGUGGCUUUCCUCUUCCUUCCGAAGAUCUACGCCGCCGUGAACCUCAUCCCAACGAUAUCACUAUCCUCAACCAGCAUCGAUGACAACCAUCGGCGCAGCAGUCUCGUCUCCUCCAUCCACAACGUCCACAACACUCG